UACAUACCCGUUUUUUUUUCUAUCAAACAAUAAAAAAUAAAAUAAAAGAAAAAAAAGAAGAAGAUCUGUCUUUCUUCUCCUCGGCUUCUUAACUGUGGAAUGGAAUGAGAAGGUUGCUGCGCCUUCUCCUCCACCGCCACCAUGCCGGCAACGCCUCCCUCCUCCGAUCUGAUCCUCCACCGACUCACCUCCUCCGACUGCGAAAUCAAGCUCAAAGCCAUUCGUGAGGUCAAGAACCAGAUCAUCGGCAACCGCACCAAGAAGCUCUCCUACAUCAAGCUCGGCGCCGUCCCCGCCCUCGCCGCCGCUCUAGCCCAAGCUGACGCCGAUUCCGCCUCCGGCUCCACCCUCAUCGUCCAGUCCGCCGCCGCACUCGGCAGCUUUGCAUGCGGCGUCGACGCCGGUGUCCGCGCCGUCCUCGACGCCGGAGCUUUCCCUCAUUUAAUCAGACUCCUCUCUGCCGCUGACGACAAGGUUGUGGAUGCUGCUGCACGCUCUUUACGAAUGAUUUAUCAAUCAAAUCUAGCUCCAAAGUAUGACUUUUUUAAAGAACAAGACAUGCAAUUUCUUCUUUCACUAUUAAAAAGUGGGAAUGAAAAUCUUACUGGACUAGGUGCAAGCAUUGUUAUUCAUUCUUGUGAGAAAAGAGAUGAACAAAAUAUGUUAUGCUGUGCUGGUGCUUUAGAAACACUUAUUAGCCUUCUUGAUGGUUCUCUAAGCCAACGAGAUUCUAGUUUAGAGUCUCUUGCUGCAAUUCUUAAAAACAAUCCAGAAGUUGUCUAUAAAUUUGUGGACCUUCAAAAUGGAAGAGUUUUGAGUUCGGUAAUUGAAUUAACCAAGGAUAGAUAUUCUCGGACUAGGUUAUUAGCCUGCUUGUGCCUGAUUUGUGUAAAGAAUUCAUCUUCUUGCUAUCUGCAAGACAUAGGAAUCAAAGCCAAAUUGAUACAUAUUUUACUUGAGCUCCUUGAUGAAUCUGGUCAAGUUGGAGACAAUGCUUCCUUUGCCUUUUCAAGUUUAGUUGCAGAAAAAGAAGAUUUGCAGAAGUUAGCAUUUGAGGCAAAUGCUAUUGAUAAGUUCAACAGUCACUUGCAAAAUUGUGCUUUACAUCCCAAACGUCUUGAAGGGAUAUUUCUAGCCUUAGCUGAUCUUUGCUCAAAAUUGGAGUGCUGCAGGUCUAAGUUUCUUUCAUUGCAGGUCUUGAAUAUAUUAGUUGAUUCCCUAACCCAUGAUGAUGCCAAUGUGCGCACUGCAGCUUGCAUUUGCUUAAAAAGUGUCUCUCGCUCCAUCAAGAAUUUGAGUGCAGGUUAUUUCAUGAAUGAAAGGAUUAUUGCUCCUUUGGUUCGGCUUCUAUCUGAUCUUUCUACUUCUGUCCAAGUUGCUGCCCUUGGUGCUAUUGGCAACAUAGUGAUCGACUUUACACCACAGAAGUCAACAUUCAUGGAAUGUGGAGGUGUUAAGGAGCUUAUCCAAUUGACAAAGUCUAUGGAUUCAUCUUUACGGUUAAAUGCUGUAUUGGCCUUGAGGAACAUGGUAUUUCUUGCGGACAAAAUGUGUAAGGAAGGAAUUUUUAAGGAGUUGACAGUGUCUUCUGUAGCUAGCCUUAUCUGCGAUCCCGAGCCUUCUGUUCAAGAACAAGCUCUGGCCCUUGUGUGCAAUUUUGUUGAUGGAUGUAUAGAUUGUGUUGAAUAUGCUUUUGCUGAAGAUGGGAUCAUACUGGAUGCUGUUGCAAGGCAAUUGAAAAAAUCUUCAAAAAUUGAAAUUGGGAUACAGGGGAUGUACUUACUCAGCAAUAUUGCGAGUGGAAAUGAGUCUCAUAGAGAAGCUAUCAUGCAGCUACUCUUUUCAAAAGCAGAAAAUGCGUCUCACUCUUUCUUCUACCAGUUUCUGCAGAGCAAUGACAGUUGUUUACGCACAUCUGCUGUUUGGGUCAUAGUAAAUCUAACUUUUCCUGCAAGUCCUGGGGUAUUUGGUAGGGUUGUAAAACUGCGUAAUGUAGGCAUUGUUUCUCAAAUCAAGAAGAUGGUCAACGAUCCUUGCAUGGAUGUUAAGCUUCGUGCAAGACAAGCACUUGGGCAGAUUAUUACUUUUGGUGAUAGGUAAUUGUAAUCAGUUACUCCAUUCAAAGCCCCUGGGCUGCAGGCAAAGAGAAAUCUUGAUAGAAUUUAUUUUCUCCCAGUUCCCACCUUAUUAUAUGUAAAGGUGUAUCGGCCUUGUGCUUCAGCAUCAAGUAUGGUAUGCUUCAGUGGAUGUAUUUCAAUGUCUUCCUAGCUGUCUUUCCUAGAAGUUCAUUUCUAUUCUAUUUAUGCAGGCCACUGGCAAACUUUAUUAAAUAUGGUAUUGAAAAUUGGAAUUGUUGACUGUUAUUUAGUUGUUAAUACCUGCGUAACCUUAAUUGGUUUACAUGAUAUAAAGUUGGUUGUAGUUCAAUAUUCCAAUAUAGCCACUUCAUAAAGAUGAUAAUUUUAUUUCUUUAAUCUUUGAGAUUUGUUCAUAUUUAUUUAGGCUCAACUGCGAAGUAGUCUUUUAGUUGGGGAUCAAGAUUUAGUUUUUCCUCAUUGUUUUUCAUAUGUGCCCGCCCCUUUUUUUAGCUUUAUUUUUUGUUCUGGUACUAGUUUAUCAAUAACAUGUUUCCCUUGAAGUUUUUUAACAAUAUGUAUCAUGUUCUACCGUGUCAAAUUGAUACAUGAUUUUUUCCAUGUUUCCCUUUGCAGGUGUAUAAAAUUACUUGUAUUUUUUUGAACCAGUCAGAGCAGUGACAAGGUUUUCCAAUUUUGUAAGCACUCCUGACUAGGUUACCCCGAAGUCUCUCUCUUUUGCUCACAUUUGUAUCACCUUUUGUAAGUCGGAAGAUCGAAGUAGUUUACUGGCUUUAGUAUUGUACUAUGAGUAGUAAAUGUCAAUUUUAGAACUUAGUUUCAAUUUUAUUCUGAUGCUGAAAUAUUGACAAAUGGUUGAGUUCUAUGUGUAAGCAACAUGUCAAGGGGUAAUGAUUGAUGUGUAUUAUUGUAUGUCUUGUAAAAUUUCUUUUCUAGGUCAUAAAUUGGUUAAUUUCUUGUCGAAAAAUCUAAUUAGGGACGAAAAUCGGCCAAUUUUUUUAGA